GCUGAUCCUGAUGGCAGCACAGGCUUACAGCAGCACCACCGGCAGGCUCAGCAGCAGCAGCAGCAGCAGCAGCAGCAGAAGCAGGUUCAGGAGCACAAGCAGCAGGAGCAGCAGCAGCCACAGCAGCAGCAGCCACAGGAGCAGCAGGAGCAGCAGGAGCAGCCGCAGGAGCGGCAGCAGGAGCAGCAGCAGGAGCAGCAGCAGGAGCAGCAGCAGCUGCCUCAGGCCAAAAAGGCGUGCGCCAUGUGUGGCAAGUCACAGGGGCGGCUCAAGCGCUGCGCGCGCUGCCUGGGCGAACGCUAUUGCUCGGCUGAGUGCCAGGCGGCGGCGUGGCCCGCGCACAAAGCGGCGUGCAGGGCAGCGGUGCAGCAGGGUGUCGCAGCUGAAACUGGCUAG